CUCCUUUAACUUCAAGUAAAAUUUAACAUAUCCUAGAUUAACAAUUUUCACAGUUAGUAAAAUACAGUUCCAUGAAUUCCCCUUAUAACAACGCUCCCCCGCCUGCACCACAUAACAGUUCUAGUUUAUCGACGCUUGGAAAAGGUCGAGGAACACGGAAAAAAAGAAAACCACAAGAUAAUUCAGGAGGAAGUGCAAAUAAAAAAAGUAAAUUAGAAGUUCCUUAUAACCAGCGAUUACCUGUACACGGCUUUCCAUUGGAACACCCAUUCAAUAAAGAUGGGUAUAGAUAUAUUUUAGCUGAGCCAGAUCCACACAUACUUGACAACGAUCCAGAUCCAGAUUGCCCAGGAAAACCCAUUCCUGGAAAACUAUACAGACAGUGGUUGCACAAAAAUGUUUUACUUUCGCUUCAUGACAGAGCACCUCAACUAAAGGUGUCAGAUGAUCGUCUUUCCGUUACUGGUGAAAAAGGUUAUUCGAUGAUUAGAGCGUCCUAUUGUGUAAAAGUGGGUGGUUGGUAUUAUGAAGCAACUGUCAUGGAUAUGCCAGAAGGUUCUGCUGCAAGAAUAGGUUGGUCACAAAAACUAGGGAACUUACAAGCUCCAUUGGGUUAUGACAAGUUCAGUUAUUCUUGGCGAAGUCGGAAAGGAACUCGCUUUCAUCAAAGCCGAGGAAAACAUUACAGUGAUGGGUAUGCACAGGGAGAUGUAUUGGGGUUUUAUAUACACCUUCCCCCAUCAAAAUCUACAAACACCCUGACAGAUACAUGCAAGGAUAAUGCCCUCAUUAAGUUCAAAAGCUUUUUUUAUUUUGAAGAAAAGGACGAAGUUGACCUAGAAGAAAAGAGACUACGUAUUUCAAAAGGAGCUUUUAUUGAAUUUUUUAAGAAUGGGAAGUCGCAAGGAAAAGCCUGGGAAAACGAAAUAUUUUCUGGGUCAUAUUAUCCAUGUGUUUCGCUCUACAAGUCUGCAACUGUUCAAGUUAAUUUUGGACCAAACUUUAAAUUUCAACCUAAAAUGAAUUUUCCGUGCAAGCCUAUCAGUGAUAGAGCUUACAGUGCUAUGAUUGAAUGCUGUGUAUCUGAUCUUGUAUAUGCAGUUGAACUGGAUAUUGAUGGUGAAAAAUAAUAUUCAAAGCAUAAAUUUAUUUACUGAAACUGUAUUGGAAAUUUGGUUCAUUGGUAGAAUAUUAUGGAUAAAUAACAACAAAGCUGUGAGCACCAUAAUUAAA